AUGGCGAAGGCGAGGGACGACAAGGGGAAGAAGCCCAUGGCCAUGGAGAUAAUCCCCGAGGAAGAGACCAACGAAGAAGAGGAGUUCUCCUUCCCCGUCCUCCACCAAGAAGAGGAGUUCUCCUUCCCCAUCGCGGACAGCGAGGUGAAGCCGCCCUCGUGGCGGGGGAGCAAGAAGCUCGCGGCGGGCAUCACCGAGCGGGGCCGGCGGAUGCGGGCCGAGGACGCGACGGCGCAGCUUCUGUUUUACGCAAAUGAGGCCUUCUCGGCUUCGCAGUCUGCCACCCACCGGCUCCAGAUGCUGGAGUGGGCGUUCGCGGCGACGGGCGUGCUGAAAACCACCGUCAGGUCGGGCGAGGAGGAGGACGCGCCGCCGCCGCUGCCGCUGCGGUGCGCGCUCGGGUCGGAGCCCGCGCCCGAGUUCUUCGUGUGUCCCGUCGCCAAGAAGAUCAUGGACGAGCCUGUCGUUAUUGCGUCUGGAAAGACCUUCGAGCGAUCGGCGAUCGAGGAAUGGCUUGAGAAGGGCAACCGCACGUGCCCGCUCACCGGCGAAGUCCUUUCGAACACCAUCUUAAUACCCGACAAGAAAUUGACCGAAUUCAUACAAGCGUGGCGGUCGUUGUACGGAUACAAAGAAAAGGACAGGCGAGGCGAAGCAGACACCACGACCCCCGCAGACACUCCGCACUACUUCUACACUCACCUCUGGGGGGUAUCGGUAGCCUCCGGACCCAAAAGAACAGAAGCCAUGAAGAAACUCCGAGAGCUCGCCGCGACGGAUCGCUCAAUCCUGCAUCCUAUCCGCCGCGACCCCUCGGUUAUAGCAUUCCUAGUCCAACUCUUGUUCGAGAACCAUUGUAAGGACGAAAAGGACUCCGAGCUGCAGCGUGAGUUACUCGAAAUCCUUCGCAUCGGCGCCGAAUGCGAGCCUCAUAACGAGGCCUUACGCAGAGACCGGCACAUUAUCGCCGUAUUGUGCAUCUUAUUACGAGAGGAUGCUUCGAUCCGGAUUAAAACUACGUGCGCCGUUAUCCUCUCGCGUCUCUCCGACAGUUACACAGACAAGGUGAAAAUUGGCGAGUACGGCGUCAUGGGGCCGCUCGUGGAGCUCCUAAACAUGAGCUCCGCAGAAACGAGAGUGGCGGCGGCGUUGCUGAUCGCGAGCAUAUGCGAGGUGCGGGAGAAUUGGGGGAGGGCAUUCAAGGAGAAGGCGGGGAUCGCGGCCUUACACGCCAUGAUGGAGGGCGACGAUCCCGUGAAGGAGGCGGUCCCGAUCCUCCACGCGGUGAGAUCGUGCAGUCCGAUAUUCGACGAGGCGUUGUGCGAGCUGGUUCGUCUCCACGGAUCAGUGGACGCGCCGAAAUGGGCUAGCCUCGGGAUGGAGAUCAUCGAGGCCACGACCGACGAGACGAAACCUACGAUUGUGGCGGAUCACGCCAACGUGGAGAUCGCGGAGGUCCUCUGGUGGCUGCAGAAUCGGUGCCACUUCCCGCGAACCGUGGGAUAUAAAAGAGACCCCGCGGAUUACUGCGAAUGA